CCCGGCUUCGCCGAGGGCAGCGCUUCGCUCCUGGGAGCCCAAAGCCACGUCGACUGCCGCAGUUUCCUGGGGCACAAGGCCGUGUACCGCAUGGGCUUCGCCAUGGCCGCCUUCUUCUUCCUCUUCGCCGUGAUCAUGCUGUGCGUGAGGAGCAGCAAGGACCCGCGAGCGGCGGUGCAGAACGGGUUCUGGUUCUUCAAGUUCCUGGUCCUGAUCGGGAUCACGGUGGGGGCCUUCUACAUCCCCGACGGGUCCUUCACGUCAGUCUGGUUCUACUUCGGUGUGGUUGGCUCCUUCCUCUUCAUCCUCAUCCAACUCAUCCUCCUCAUCGACUUUGCCCACUCCUGGAGCCAGGUGUGGCUCCGCAACGCAGAAGAGAGCAACGCCAAGGGCUGGGAAGCAGCUCUCUGCGUCGUCACCCUCAUCUUCUACGCCACCUCCAUCGCGGCCGUGGUGUUGCUCUAUGUCUACUACACCAAGCCUGAUGGCUGCACAGAGAACAAGGCUCUGAUCAGCCUCAACCUCAUCUUCUGCAUCGUCAUCUCCGUUGUGUCCAUCCUGCCCAAGAUCCAGGAUGCUCAGCCCCACUCCGGCUUGCUGCAGGCCUCCCUCAUCACCCUGUACACCAUGUUCAUCACCUGGUCCGCCCUGGCCAACGUACCAAACCAAGCCUGUAACCCCACGCUGCUGGUGAGGAACAGCACCAGUGCUUCGAUGGCUGUGGGGCAGCUGACAACCUGGUGGGACGCCCCGAGCAUCGUGGGGCUGGUAAUCUUCAUCCUCUGCACACUCUUCAUCAGCAUCCGCUCCUCAGACCAUGCCCAGGUCAACAAGUUGAUGCUGACGGAGGAGAGCACAGCCGGCGCAGGUCGCGGGGAUGCUGCGUUGGAGAGCGGACCACACCGCGCCUACGACAACGAGCAGGACGGUGUGUCCUACAACUACACCUUCUUCCACCUCUGCCUCGUCCUGGCUUCCCUCUACAUCAUGAUGACGCUCACCAACUGGUACAGGCCUGAUGAGAGCUUGCAGAUGAUGACAAGCCCCUGGACUGCUGUUUGGGUGAAGAUUUCCUCCAGCUGGGCUGGGCUCCUGCUCUACCUCUGGACGCUGGUGGCUCCCCUUGUACUGCCCGACCGAGACUUCAGCUGAGGUGGCCUUGGGGAUCCCUCUGUUGGGGCCCGAGCGGCUGAAGCCUUGUGACCAUGAGCUAUUCUGGUGCCCCCACCUCCUCCAUGAGUCUGGGAACAGCCUCAGCCUCUGCCUUAGCCUUGGACUCAAUUUUUGCACCUGAGAAUAGCUGCUCUGAGUCGUGCCUUCUUGCAGGUUUUCUGUUUUAGUUUUAAAGGGAUAAAGUGCCAAGCAGGGAAAAUCAGCAAAUAAGAGAGGUGUGAAACACUCGAGGAUGUUUUUAAAGCUCUUGUAAUCUCCAUGUUUGUCUAAGUGCCUUUGAUGGUGCUCCCAUCCCCUCUUCCUUUAGCAGGAGACAGCUGAAUUGCCUUCAGAGGGUUUGGUUGUUAUUAACUGCUUGUGUUGGUGCCUCCUGGGGACCGUGGUGCCUUGUGGAGCAGGUCUGGGAGCUGCAGUGUAAUGUGGACGGUGGGACUUGGCUAAAGGCCAGAGCCUGCUGGCCGCAGCAAGGAGACGGUUUGCCUGCCCAAACAGCCUCGAGGAGAACCAACUCCUGGGGGUGUGUGGCCAGAGGCAAGCGUCCUGCUGCGUUGGCCUCCCUCCCUGUCUCCUGCGUCCCUGCCAGCCUUGGAGAGUGGCACUGGGCUCCUCUGAGCCCUCUCCUUCCCCAGCGCUGUCCACUGGGCAGAUGGGCCCCUUCCUUGGCUGUUGCUUGAGCGUGAGUUGGGUUUUCCCGCUGGCUGCUCUGUUUUGGGUCAAGCCCCAGUGAAUUGCCUUGUCAAUAAAGUCUUGUUUGGAAAAUGAA